UUGCUGCACUUUAUCGACGGUCCCUAAUGAUUCAGCACCGCGAGUGUAUGGACUCUAAGAGAAGGUUCUGAAUCAGGAUUUUCUCGACUUCAUUAAACAGUUGUAGUUGACUCUUCUUUUGAUGAUAAAUUUAUAUGAUGUAGUCUCACAAUAGUUCGGCGUGGAUGGGUGAGCUGUUCCUGAACGGUUACUGACCGGAAAUGUCUGAAAAUGAAACACAAACACGACACAUAAGCUGCUGCUUUCUGGGAAAACGAAACCAUAACGUCGUUUCCUUUCCUCCUUAACACCGAGCAUUUCUCAGACCAGGUGCCCAUUUUCCUUUGGCUGGAGACCUGAUCAAAUCCACCUGCUUUAAAUAAGAAAAAUGGCUGAAGCUUUAAAAUCUUACUAUGCAGAGCAGUUUAGCUGCUCGGUGUGCCUGGACAUUCUGAAGGAUCCAGUGACUAUUCCCUGUGGACACAGUUACUGCAUGAGCUGUAUUAAUAAUGUCUGGUCUGGGUUGAAUCAGAGCGCUGUCUACAGCUGCCCUCAGUGCAGGGAGACAUUUUCUCCAAGGCCUGCCCUGAAGAAGAACACACUUGUGGCUGAAGUGAUGGAGAAAAUGAAGAACGCUUCAGAUCAGGCUGCUACUUCUAAUCAGAAUACCUCAGCGUGCACACGAUUGGAGUGUGACUUCUGCAUAGGAGCCAAAAAUACAGCUGACAAGUUCUGUUUGCAGUGUUUAGCCUCCUACUGUGAGCUUCACCUCCAGCCUCACUACGAAUCUCCUGUGUUCAUGAAACACAAACUAGUCCCAGCAUCUGCGCAGGUACAGAAGAACAUCUGCCCUCAACAUGGCAAGCUGCUGGAUGUUUACUGUCACGAUGACCAACAGUGUAUCUGUUACCUGUGCAAGGUACAGAGUCAUAAUGAGCACAAAUCAUCAACUGUGGAAUCUGAGAGGAUCAAAAAACAGGAUGCCUUGGAAAAGACAAAGAUAGAGUGCCAGCAGAUGAUUGCUCAAAGAGAAGAAGGCCUAAUGGAGCUCACCAAGGCUGUGACAUCUAUUAAGUGUUUUGCGCAGGCAGCAGAGGAGGACAGUGAGAGGAUGUUUACUGAGCUGAUCGACUCCAUGAAGAGAAGAUGCUCAGAAGUGAAAACGCUGAUCAGAGCUCAGGAGAAGACCGAACUGAGUCGAGCUGAAGAACUUCGCCAGCGGCUGGAUGGUGAGCUCACAGAGCUGAGGGCACGAAAUGCAGAAAUGCAACAGCUAUUAUCGACAGAUGAUCACAUCGAUUUCAUCAAGAAAUACAUUUCUGUCUCUGCCUUGCCCAUGUUUAAAGACAUGCCUUCCAUAACCUGUGUGACUCAUGAUACUUCUGGAACCAUCUCCAUUUCUGAGGUCAAAGAACACCUUGAGGAUGUUUGUCAUCAGGAAGUAGCAAGGAUAUCAAAACAAAGUUUGAGAAUUAGGAACAUCCAUGUUGUGGAGCCUUCAGAGCCGGAGACCAGAGAGGACUUUUUGCAGUACUUCUGUGAUCUUCAUGUGGAUCCAAACACUAUCAACAAUAGUCUUUGUCUGUCGGAGGGAGACAGAAAAGUGACCCAGUCUCCUCCAGCGCAUCUAUAUCCUGAUCAUCCUGAGAGAUUUGACUUUUUUGCAAAUGUCUUAUGUAAAGAGUGUCUUUAUGGUCGUUGUUAUUGGGAAGCUGAUUGCAGGGGAAAUGACUGGUCUGUAGCAGUUUCAUAUAAAGGCAUCAUGCGUAAAGGAGGCAGUGAUGAAUGUAGAUUUGGGUUUAAUGCUAAGUCCUGGAGAUUAUCCCGCUCUAACCAAGGACACUAUUUCAGACACAAACUAAUUAUAUUUAAUCUUCCUCGUUUCAAUUCAACAACUAUUGGUGUGUACCUGAACCACAGUGCAGGAACGCUGUCAUUCUACAGUGUCUCUGACCAGAUGACACUCCUCCAUAAAGUCCAGACAACGUUUACUGAGCCACUCUAUGCAGGGUUUGGUGUUGGAGGUGGCUCAGUUGUCCGAAUUCUGAAAAAAGCUGAAAAAAUUUAAUAUUCAGAAAUGUAAUUAAUAAAAACCACAACUCGUUAACUACAAGAAUGCUAUAUACAUUCAAUUCAAUUCAUACAAUAUACAGUGCCCUCCACUAAUAUUGGCACCCUUGGUAAAUAUGUGCAAAGAAGGCUGUGAAAAAUUGUCCUUAUUGUUUAACCUUUUUACAACAAUUCACAAAAAUACUCCUUAAAAAAAAUACCUUUGUAAAAUAUAGGUGUGCCACUAUUAUUUGCACCCCUAUGAAUUCAUAUGAGAAAAAUAUAUUUAAAGUAUAUUCUCAUUGAUAUUUUCCUUUUUUGUUAUUUAUUUAAAAUUAUUAUUAUUUUUUUUUUUUACACCUGGGCAGUUAGGAACAGGAAAUUGCUCAACCAUGACUUCCUGUUUCACAAGGGUAUGAAUAUGAGGUAACACAUAGGCCAAAUUCCCAUUUAUAACAAUGGCAAAAGAUUGUUGAGCUUCACAAAAUGGGAAGUGGCUAUUAGAAAAUAGCAAAAGCAUUGAAAAUUCCCAAAGAUUACAAAUACGUCAAAAUCAGAGAAGGGUUAAAAAAAAAAAGCACUAAUUUACAUUACUUUUAGUUUUGAUGAAUAAGAAGCAAUAGAGCAUUACACUGAGCACAGUGAUUGCUGAUUGCCAACAGUUGUGUUAAAAUCACUCAGGAAUUGAGUACACACUUGCCUGAUCCUGCAUCAACAACUAAUUUAUCAUAUGUAGUCAUUGUCAUUACGUUAUGAGCUACCAAUAUUCUCAAAUUAAGUGUGCUGAUGUUAACUGCUUCAUCUAUAGAGGACUUAUGAUGAUGAUGGUUUGAUCAGUAUGUUAUCCGGAUAUAUUAUGAUCCAUCAAUUAUUGCGGAAAGCGAGAAUGUGAGAGAAUGUGCCUAUCCUGAUGCUUCAUUGCCUUGUGUUUUAUAGUGCUUUCUUUCUUUAUAUAUUAUACUAGAUUAAAGAUGGUCAUAAAUGUGAUUAGUUAAAUGGAGAAUCAUGUCAGUGAGGAAUGUUAAAUCAAAUAUCAAUGCUUUUGGUGGCAAAUAAUCUCUUUUUAAUAAAUCAUAUAAUUUCUAAUAUGAUGUCUGGUUUUCUGUGCAUAAGUGUAGCUGAUUGUAAAACUACACAGAGUAUUGUAAUGGAUUUUACUGUAAGGCCUUUAACAUCUCUGAAGCUAUAUCCUAAGUCACGAGUUAUAUUUGGUUCAUAUUUAGAUACUGCUGUGAUUUAUUUUAGUAAUACGAGUAAGUGAAAAAAUUUAAAAGGAUUUUGCUAGAUAAUUCCCACUGUUUAUGUAAUCCAAACAUUCAUUAAAGUUGUCAAAUGAACUCAGUC